GACGUGGCAGCUGCGCGGGGGCGCGCAGCUAGGAUCGAGUCUGAGCGCCGCGACAGCGGAAGGGUCGUGGGCGCAGCAGCAGCAGCAGUAGCAGCAGCGGUAGCGGCGGCGGGGACGCGGAUCCGGGAGUGGCAGUCAGAGAGCGAGCAACAUGGGGCUCACUGUGAGCUCUUUAUUCAAUAAGCUGUUCGGCAAGAAGCAAGUCAGGAUAUUGAUGGUCGGUUUGGAUGCCGCUGGUAAAACUACAAUCUUGUACAAACUGAAGCUAGGGGAAAUUGUUACAACUAUUCCAACUAUUGGAUUCAAUGUUGAAACAGUGGAAUACAAAAACGUAUCUUUCACUGUGUGGGAUGUCGGUGGCCAAGACAAAAUCAGACCCUUAUGGCGGCACUAUUUCCAGAAUACCCAGGGUCUUAUUUUUGUGGUAGAUAGCAAUGAUCGAGAGAGAAUUCAGGAAGCUUCAGAAGAACUGAACAAAAUGAUUCUAGAAGAUGAAUUGAAAGAUGCAGUUAUACUGGUAUUUGCCAACAAACAGGACCUCCCAAAUGCCUUCUCCAUCAAUGAAAUAACAGCUAAAUUAGGUCCACAGAACUUCCAUAACAGAAUUUGGCAUGUUCAGGGUACGUGUGCUCCACAAGGGACUGGCUUGUAUGAAGGCCUUGACUGGUUGUCAGCUGAACUGUCGAAAUCCUAGACUUGAUGCCACAAUAUUGAAAGAUGUUUUAUUUAACCAAGGACACAUUUUGGUAAUAUUGGUCUGGGCUUGUUAACUAGUUUUCAUCUCCCAAAUAUUGUGGUUUCUGGAGUUGAUAUUUUGGCAGCCGACGCAGCUUGAUUUUGAACCUUCUUUGGAUGUUUGUCGUAGGUUUCAUAAAUUGGUGAAAGAUUAAACAAAUAAUUUACAAUUA